AUGUUGGUGUACUUCUGGGGGUUCCUGUACAGCAACUACUUUCGUUUUUGGCUGAAGUGGAUCUUGAGGCUGCUGACUCGGAAAUGCGAACUGCAGCGUAUCUUUGACGGCUCGAAGGCAGGGGCGCAGCGGACGCUGAGCAUAGAACAUUCACUGGAAUCAUCAAAGAAUAAGGUUUUAAGAAAUGCUGUAGACGUUGAGGAAACUGAAGUGGAGAAGUGCGUCAGAGAUGUAAUGAAAGAAAAGAAAAUUGAACAGAAGGAUACAGGGUUUAAGACCAAUCUGCAUGUAUCAUUACUGCAGAUAUCAGGUUAUAAAAAACUUUAUUCAAAUGUGGAAAAUCUGAGGAAGGUCCCGUAUGAUUCAGAUAACGAAGAACAUGAGGAACGGUUAAUUGAGCUUUGGAAUUUGCUGAUGCCUCAUGAGAAUCUGAAGGCCAGAAUCACCAAGCAGUGGUGUGACAUUGGCUUCCAAGGUGAUGAUCCCAAAACAGACUUCAGAGGAAUGGGCCUGCUGGGGUUAGUGAAUCUGGUGUAUUUUAGUAAGCAUUACACCGAUGAAGCUCGCCAGAUCCUUUCUCGUUCAAACCACCCAAAGCUGGGAUACUCUUAUGCAAUAGUUGGAAUCAAUCUGACAGAAAUGGCAUACAGUUUACUUAAGAAUGGUGCUUUAAAGUCUCAUCUGUACAAUGUGGUCUCUGGAUUGCCGCAGAUGGAGCACUUCCAUCAGUUUUACUGUUAUCUAGUUUAUGAGUUUGACAAGUUCUGGUUCGAAGAAGAACCAGAAAGCAUUAUGCACUUCAACCAGUACAGAGAGAAAUUCCAUGAAAAAAUUAAGGGACUUCUACUGGAUUGUGAUGUGAUACUAACCUUACAAGAGACAAAGAAACCUUAACUCCUCUGCAGUCUAUGAGGUUCUGCGUCAAAAAUGGAAUUAUGCAUUUGGAUGGAAGUUUUGCAUGUUUCACCAAAAACUGUUUAACAAUAGAACUUUUUUUUUUUUUUACAUUUUAAAAAAAAAAAUCAAAAUUCAGUUAAGAAAGCUUGGACAAUCAACCUCUGUUUACAGGUCUUUAUAUGCUAUUCUCCAAAGGAC